GUGACGGUUGUGGUGAGGAUGUAGUUAGCAGCGGUCGGUCAGCUCGGUUCGGUCCGCUCAGUACGGGACAGUACGACUCUUCCAGCCAGAGGAGUCCAGCGCGGAGAGGAGCUUUCGCGGCAGCAGUUUUGGUGGCGGCUGCUGUGGUGCUUAUCUUCAGCGAACUGUUGUUUUGUUGUGUUUUUCGAAGGCUUCGUGCAGCAGCAGCAGCAGCAGCGCUAGCGGAGCUGAACGGAUGUAAACAAGCGGAGCUCACGGACGCAGACAGACGAGGCCGAACCGGAGAUGACAGCGGAUAAUAUCAACUCAUAAGCAUAAUCUGCAUUAGAAGACUGAUAUUUGUUGCUGUCGUUUCGUACAGACGUAGCUACAUUAGCUGGAGCUUUGGCUCACUACGGACUCAGUUGAGGACGCCUCCCUGCAGCAGAGAGGGAGAGAGAGAGGUCGCUCGCUGGCUCGGCUCUGUUUUCCACUGUAGCUACAGGCUAGCAAAUUAUCAACCUGCAUUCCUGCCCAGCAGCCCCAAAAACUAGCUCAUUACAAACUGCCCUUCGCGAAGAAUUAGACUGGCAAAACCCUCGUUUUCUUCAAACUUCAUUCAAACGUUUAAGUACAUGAGGAAGGAAGUUUGACACACUCAUACGUCCUGUUUGCUGGGAACCGUGUAAAGUAUAAAGGUGAGGUUGCAGAAGCACGGCGGUCAUGGCACAUCAGCAGAUGCCCAGCUCGCAGAAGGCCUUGAUGCUGGAGCUGAAGUCCCUACAGGAGGAGCCAGUGGAAGGCUUCCGCAUAACUCUAGUGGAGGAGUCUGACCUGUACAACUGGGAGGUGGCUAUCUUUGGACCCCCAAAUACUCUCUACGAAGGGGGCUACUUUAAGGCCCAUAUAAAGUUUCCUGUUGACUACCCUUACUCACCACCAACUUUCCGUUUCCUAACCAAGAUGUGGCAUCCAAACAUUUAUGAGAAUGGUGAUGUGUGCAUUUCCAUCCUGCACCCUCCUGUGGAUGACCCCCAGAGUGGAGAGUUACCCUCAGAGAGGUGGAACCCUACGCAGAAUGUCAGAACUAUCUUGCUGAGUGUAAUCUCUCUGCUGAAUGAGCCCAACACCUUUUCCCCGGCUAACGUGGACGCUUCAGUCAUGUUCCGCAAAUGGAGAGACAGCAAAGGAAAGGACAAGGAGUAUGCUGAAAUCAUCCGGAAGCAGGUGUUGUCCACAAAGGCGGACGCAGAGCGGGACGGGGUGAAGGUGCCCACCACACUGGCUGAGUACUGCAUCCAAACCAAAGUGCCUUCUCACGACAGCAGUUCUGACCUGCUCUACGAUGACCUGUACGAUGACAACAUUGAAGAAGAGGACGACGAUGACGAUGAAGUUGAUGCUGGCGGCCCGGCAGGUGAAAUGAGCGGAGACUGCUUUGGUGAUGAGGACGACUCCGGCAAUGAGGAGUCUUGACCUAUCUCCACUUUUACCGUGACGUUGACCCCUCCCCCUCCACCAUACUCUCUCACCGAUACUCAUGUUUCUGUCUGUCUGCCCCACUGUGUGUCCUUGAGUUUCUGUUUAGGCUGCUGAUGUUUCACUAUCUGUCCUAAAACCUCUGACCUUGAGUUCUUUCCCUACUGCAUCUCCUUGUAAUAGAGUCCUCUGUGUAAGCCAUUACCAUGCUCUGAGUUUUUAGAGCCCCAAGAAGGAAUCACUGCAACAAUAAAGGCUUUUAAGCAACAGCAAUGCUGUUACACCAUACAUUUACCGCUCUGUUUGUAUGUAAACUGGACAGUUCUAGUGAUGCAGUGAUGGUGUUUCAUUGAUUCCUGAUUGGGGCUUUAAGAUAAGACUCGGUCAUAAUAGUAACCAUAGACCUGUCCUUGUCACUCUGGCAUUCAUCCUCCCCUGCCUGCCUCGAGACCUCAGGGCUUUUGGAUACUCACGGCUCUAAAUCCACCCUUAACAACUCAAUGAUUUCAAAGUGUGCUCUUGGCUACGAUGGAAUUCAUUUUAGAAUACAUAACACAUUUUUUUCAGCAGGGAAUCGUUUUUCCUUUUUUCUUUUCUUUCUGUCUUUGUCAGUUCAUCGAAAUUCUCUAGCAUCGUCUCCUCCAAUGCCUCACCUUCUUUUCUGUUUACUUCCCUUUCCUUCUGUGUCUUUGUACCUUUUAACCACCCACACAGCUCACAUGUCCUUUAGUGGUAACAGAUGGCACUGUCUGUCCAGUGAGUGAAUGCUUUCCUCUGUUUUUUAUCUUGCACACCUCUUUUGCCUCCACCUCUUAACAAGCUAGGGCUUUUAAGUGCUUUGUUUUUUUCCCCCACCACCUGUUUAUGACUGAUUUCUCUACUGUUGUGUAGUUUGCCAGGUAAGUAUUUGAGAUAAAAAGAGGCUUUGGGAAUAUGUAAAGAAAAAAAAUGUCAUAACAGUCAAAACUCAAUGCAUGUGAGCUGUCACACGCAGCUCUUACCUUUUAGACCCCAAACACCUUUGAUGAGUUUUUGAGCCAUCAAAUUGUAACAUCAGACUACAUGGCAAUGAAGGUGCUUUCAGGUGCUACUGCAGUAUACACUCAAAACAAUUGCAGCAUCAACAUGGACACCAAUGUCAGAACUACACUCAGCUACAAAUGUAACAUAAAGCCUUUAAGUUGCUAUGUAUCGCUGACUUAGAAACUAUGGUGAACAGACUUGCUAAGAGAGACUUGCUAAGUUUAGACGCGAUGACUAUACCCCACUUUUGCCCCUGAUUUUAGAUUCUGUGAUUAUGGCUGAUGGUAAUGUAAGUGUGCUUCACUUUCAAGUGUGCACAUGGUGUAGGUAUCUGGUACAAGCUGUUUGUUGCACCGUGGAGUGGCUGAACCUAACCAUCACUGUCUUGUUUUCUCCUCCUUUUGAUUUUGUAACACAGCUGACUUUGUUCCAGUAGUUUGGCUAUGAACUUGAUUUUAUGAGCUGUUGAGGUAUGGGGUUUAAGAUUACAGACUGCUGAGGACGUUUGGCUCAUCCCCUACCUUAAAUUUUGCUCUGUCCACAGGCCCCAGCAAAGCCUGCAGCUUUCAAGAGCAUGCACGUGUGUUUGUUUUAAAUGUGUUUUAUAUGAUGUGUCAUUUAUUGAGUUGAGGCACAGAGCUGUGCCCUCACUAACAGGGGUGGGAUGUGGUCUUUGAUGCACAUGGGGUCUCAGGUAUACCCUUACUGUAUCCCAGCAAAAUCAGCCAAGGAUGCUGACAUACGUUCCUGUUCAUAAAAACCCUGAAAAAAAGAGAUGUGCACGAAGGACAACGCACAGCACUCUGCUAAUGCAAGUUGGAGCUAAUGAACAACAUUUCAAUUCUGAACAGAUGCUCUUGGAAAGAAAAGGUAUAAAAGGACUCUCACAUUCGCAAUGGGAUGUUCAAACACUGGGAAGUGACUGGAGACACUGCGUAUGGACAGCACUUAAAAACAAAAAAACUCAGUAAUCCUCUGCAUUUCUUAUGAUCCUUCCUUUCCCAGACAAUGAAAUACAUCCCUGUACGCAGCAAAUCAUGGAAAAGACUUCUGAUACCUCCCGAAAACUCUCGUGACUCUGACCAGCCGUGGAUUGUCUCGGAGGAUAUUACUAUUUGUGUGUCCUGGGUGUUUUGGAAAUUUUCAUCACCGUUUUAAGGAUCUCUUAUGCCACACAAUAGGGACACGAACUUGCGAUUCUUUACCAUGCCUUAUGGUUUUAAGGUGGAUGCUAAAUGAUUCGGUCAUUGUUUGCUUUAAUUUCCUUUCAUUUCUCUUGUAGUGUUGUAACAGACAGAAUCACAUUAAAAAUAUUCACUUAA